AUGGCCUGCACAGCACAAUCCAUGACGAUUGAGUCGUACCCCGAGGCCACCAGCUCCUCGUCACUGGCAACGCCCAGCGAAGAAACGGGGCUUCUCCGGGAUCGCCGACGAAGACAUUCUUUCCAUACCGCCAGGAAGCUAUCAUGCGAUUAUGAGGGGGAGGCCGUCUUUCUGCGGGUUGAACUCUUUCUUGCAGAACUGGAGCGCCGACUUCACUGGAUCGAACAGUAUCGGAAAUCGCAUAUGGUCCAGAUCGAUGCCAGCCUCAAAAGAGGUUAUUCGACACUCGAGGCCGUCAGGGAUUCUUGUUCCCACGCCUCCGGGGAACUUAUGGGAGGUGGCAAAAAGAGGGCCAAGAUUCUCGUGGAAACCCUCGAGGGUCACUACAAUGAGGCGCUUGCGACCAAGGAGACACUGGAACAGAAAGCCCAAGCCGGCGUGCGAUUGAUGGAAUCGUUUUUGGUCGAACUGGAAUCCCGAGCACACGCGGUCCGAGACCGUGGUAUCUAUGGCGCCUUGGAUGAUGGAUGGAAGGCGGUUGACUCGAAGCUGGGUGAGGUGGUUGAUGAGGGUAUGGAGCGAGCCCGAAGGGCCAAGGAUGCUUUCCAAGAGAGCAUUGACAACGCUAUCCUGCUGGCUCAGGAGAAACGAUUGAUCACAUAUGCCGAUCUGCCUCACCCAUGGCGGGUGAAUCCCCACAUCCUGCAAGGUUAUCGCUUCAGUUCCACCAAGGUGGAAUGCUUCACCUCAAUGUUCUGCUGCUCCAACGAAAUGGUCAACAUCUGGUCCCACCUUAUUGGGCUUUUUGUUGUGCUGUCGAUCGCCUUCUACUUCUACCCGCUCACCCCCAACUUUCAUCUGAGCAGCAACACCGAUGUGCUGAUUGCGGCUGUGUUCUUCUUUGCAGCAUGCAAGUGCCUGGUCUGCAGUACUCUCUGGCACACCAUGAACAGCAUUGCCAACCAGCCGUUGAUGGAGAGAUUCGCAUGUGUCGACUACACAGGAAUUUCCAUGCUCGUGGCCGGCUCAAUCGUCACUACGGAGUACACUGCUUUCUACUGUGAGCCGGUGUCGCGAUGGGCGUAUAUUAUGCUCACCAUGACCCUGGGCGUUGGUGGUGUGGUUCUCCCCUGGCACCCGACCUUCAAUCGCCAUGAUCUGGCCUGGGCUCGUGUGGCUUUCUUUGUCACCCUUGCCUUGACUGGAUUCGCGCCCUUGUUCCAGCUCACCUACACCCGAGGUUUCGAAUGGUGCGUAUAUUUCUACGCACCAGUUGUGAAGAGCAUCCUGGUCUAUUUCGUCGGAGCAUGCAUCUAUGCCUCGCAGGUCCCCGAGCGCUGGAGCCCAGGUCUCUUUGAUUACGUGGGUGGCAGCCACAACAUCUGGCAUUUCGCAGUGCUGGGUGGUAUUCUCUUCCAUUACUGCGCCAUGCAGGACCUCUUCGCUGGUGCUUUCCAGAGAGCCCAGGGAGAGUGUCCCAGCCUGACCUCAUGA